AUGGCGGCGCCACCAUCUCCUCCCACAUCAUACGGUGUCCUUCUCUACCCCGGAUUCGAGGUUCUCGACGUCGCCGGGCCGAUCGAAUGCCUCAACACACUCGUAGACAAUCUACCGAAUACCAGUUUAACUUUGUCCGUCAUCGGGCGCCCGAUUGACCAUGACCAUCCACAGGUGCCCAUGCCGUUGACACCGGCGAAUCCUGGCGACGAGUCAUCUGAGAACUCCAACGCCACAAACAACUUCAAGUUCAAGGCCACUCAAAUAUACCAGCCUUCCCACACUUUCGACACUGCACCACCGCUAGAUGUCUUGAUCAUCGGUGGUGGUUGGGGCAGCUUCCCGAUGGAAAGGGUCGAGCCGGAGAUGGCUUUCUUAAAGAAAGUCUUCCCAUCGCUUCGGUAUCUCUUCACCGUUUGCACCGGCUCGGCCAUUGCUGCCAAAGCCGGGCUGCUCGACGGUCUUCGUGCAACUUCCAACAAGGCUAACUGGAAAGACGUCGUCGAAUGUGGCCCCAAAACUCACUGGGUAGCGCAAGCUCGAUGGGUGGUGUCAGAUAAGGUGUGGACAUCUUCUGGUGUGAGUGCCGGGACAGAUGGAAUGAUUGCGUUUCUGAAGGAGAUUUACCCAGAAGAGCAGCACCCGGGCUUGGUGCAGGCAGUCAUUGACAACAUGGAGUAUAGGUGGGAGUCGGACUGUUCGAAUGAUCCGUUUGCUGCUGUUUUUGGAGCACAGGAUGUGCCGCCUCAAAUUUAG